UAUCAUAAAUUCUUGCCCUGUUCAGUCACGUGAUAUUUUCGUUGUUGCCGGAGUGAAUGAAACGGAAAACACAGCGAAAGAAUGGCUGGAACGUUUUUAUUGACGAUUGUUUUAUUUCUUGAGUUUCUGGAGGCAAAUGCAUAUCACUGCUCGGAAUCCUGUGGUCAGUAUGCUUAUUGUUGUGGUACAAAUGUGUGCUGUCACCACAGAAGUUCAUACACAUUUUAUUCUGUUUGGUAUUUCUGGUUUAUUAUUGCAUUGCUAAUCAUGGCCUGUGCUGGAAGCUGCAAUUACUACCGUAAGCGACAUAGACUGCUAGUUACAAGGAGAAACAUGACAAUAAGUGGUAAUAUGCCUGUUGCUGUUGUUGCUUUCUCUAAUGGAAAUCAUGAACAUUGCCCUGUCCAGUUUGGUACAUUACCAUCCUACCAAGAGGCAACCUCAAAACCAUCACAGUAUCCACCACCUUACUAUACAACAGAUUUAUACACAAAUCAGUUUCCAGCCACAGCUGCUAGCAGUGCACAACUUCCCCCAUAUUCAAGAGAUGGUAACAGUCUACCACAGCAGUAACUAGCUUGGAUAUCAUGUAUAGCUAAACACAGUUUGAACUUUGUAAAUUUCUCACAGUAGGUAAAAUCAACUUUUGGAACAAGCAUGACAUUAACUGAAUUUACUAGUAUUUAUGGCUGUUGACAAGUCAGCUGAUGUUAUAAGUUAUUUUCAGAUUUAAUGUCUGAUGAUAAACUGGCAAAUUUUUUUUU